UGUGAGUUUUCAUGCUGUUGCUUUUGUUUGCAGCACACUUACACUAAAGAGGACUGCUCUUUUUUGGAACGCAUCAUGCCAGAUGGUUACAACAUCUACAUCUCAAGCAAACAUGGAGCCCUUGUGAAUUUGGGUGGUGCAAAAAGCAAGUUGAACAGUAACGACGGGAAUGCUGCAUCCCAGUUCCUGCCCAUGGUCAACACACUUUCUCAGGAACCUACCAACCACCUUUCAGGGGAGCAGCGUUUUUCUGUUGACCCUGAACAGGACCAUCAGUUGGGCCUUGAAAUAGACAGCAUGGACCCUUUUGGAAAGAUCUCCCAAAUUGUGAUCCAGAGUCCCAGUUUCAACAAAAGAUGAGGACUGAAGAAUCACUUGUGAAUGUUCUAAGGAAACGAUCCAGAGGUCAAGAAACAGAAGACUGUAUCAAAUCAGUCCUGCCAUGAACCAGAGCACAGGGCCAGACUUUUAGAAAGAGAAAAUGCUAGAAAGUCCAGUGAAAGUAACCUGCACACUGGACACAGUCACUGGACAAAUGUAGUGUAAUAGACUGGAAACAAAAACAAAAUCACUCCAAAUGUUGAAGAUUGUUGUAAGAUCAACCAUAAUGGUGCAUCACCUGCAGCUUGAAUUUAUUUAUUUUUCCAUGUGUCUGUGAUGACCUUGCUUUGUAAUUAUUGUUUAAAAUGUUAGUUAAUACAGUAUUUACUAGCAUAAUCUAGACUAGAAUGCACUGUAAAAACAUUUUGUUUACCUUUUUUUUGUAUUUCAUAAAUAUACAACUAUUUGUUCUUUCUGAAAGAGGACAUCAUGGUUAAAUUACUUUUGAAAUGUAAUAAAUGAUAUGCUAAACGUGCUUAAAUAGUUUUCUUAAAUGCCUGUGGACAAAAUCUACAGCAAAUCACAACUGAUAAGACAGAAGUGCU